UGCCGAAGAAGGACUGAACGUGUGUGUUUGGAGUGUGAGGAUGGUGAGCAGGGUGGCGAGCACCACCGCCACUCAGGCCACUCAUCGCGUUGGUGCUGCAUCAGCAGCAGGGACGGCUGCGAGGAGGCUGGUGCGUGCUUGGCGCAUGGCGUUGGAGGAGCUUGGCGACCCCGCUGAUGCAGAGGCCAUGAAGCAGUACAUGAAGGGAGUGGCGCCUUUCUUCGGAGUAAAAUCUGUGGCGCGACGGAGCGUAGCGAACGCAGCAAAGUCGCAGGCGGCGCUGUCGCCUGACCUCACACGGGACUGGGGCUUUUACGUGGCCGUGAUGGACACCGCACUAGACGAGGAGGAGCGCGAACUCCACUACUGCGCCGUGGACCUACUCAGCUCCGCGCAAGCAAAGAAAUGCCUGGUACAGCUGGAUGCUGAAGCUGCCUCAGCCCAGAUUGACGGCGCGCUCAGGCGCUGGGUGACCACGAAACCGUGGUGGGAUACCGUGGACUUGCUGGCGUCCCACGUCGGUGGCGCGUUCUGGCAGCACCACACGCCACAGAUGCGGGAACACAUGCGCUUGUGGCUGAAAUCAGACAGCCUGUGGCAGCAACGCACUGCCAUCUUGUGCCAGCUCAAGCAGAGACACAGCACAGACAAGGCAUUCCUCUUCGAAGCCUGCAGCUCCCUCAUGGGUGGCACUGAGUUCUUCAUCAACAAGGCAAUUGGGUGGGCGCUUCGGAAUUACGCGCGCGUGAACGCCGAGGCCGUUCAGGCGUUUGUGGCGCAGCACGACGAGCGCAUCUCCGCGCUCUCCAGGCGCGAAGCCCUCAAGCAUAUUGGACCUGGUAGUGCUGGCAGCGAGAAGGAAAAAACGGACAGGAAGAAGGACAAGAAGACGGACAACGCGACACAGAAGAGACACCAGCGCGCAAAUGCCAAGCGGAAGGCAGCGAGCACAGCCACGCGCUCAAAACGAUGACAAAUUGGCGUGUGUGUGUGUCUGUCUAUGUGUCUGUCUGUCUGUCUAUGUGUGCGUGUCUGUCUGUCUAUGUGUGUGCGUCUGAGUGCGUGUGUGUUGGCAAGUAGCAACAUAAGCAGUCGCUUGUUGAUUGCGUUUACAUGUGAUUCUGAAUGAAAAGAGCCUACGA